AUGCAUAGAAACAAUGACUCUGGCGGGAACAUUUCAUUCUGUAACGCCAGAAGCAUCGGCGGAGAUGCUGCUACGGGUGGAGCGUAUGCGUCGACGGGUAACAGUGGCGGCAAUAACAACAACACCGUGGGUAGCAACAAUGCUAUUCCAACUAAAACCGUCACGCACACCAUUUAUGGAAACCAGGCUAGUCAUGUACUACCAGAAGCUGAUUUUGGAGAAAGUUGUUAUACGAUCGCGCUCUUGUGCAUCGCUGAGGAGAUCUCGGCUCAAGAUUUCGCACUUUUGAGCGGGAGCGCUCGACAUGGCGAAGCAGAGAAAGUGGCAAAUAUAACAGUGAUAUACACAAAGGACAAAAAGGUGAUAAACCUGUUCCGAAGACGAAGGCACUCAUCCGCGCCUGUCGUAGCAUCAAUCCUUGUCGAUUAG